AUGUCUUCCACCUCACCGACUUCCAGGAGUGCACCUAUCGUUCCCAAUCCCUCACGCUCGCCUCUACCCCUUUCCUCCUCACAAGAGUCGCAAGUACGCGAAUUAUACCACAAGCGUGUCCGCCAAAAAUGCGCCGAUGAAGUGCGAGAAUUCGCAGCAUGCUGCACGUCGCGCACCUUCACGGCCACUAUCAUGUGCCGUAAAGAGCAAAAGGCCAUGAACAACUGUAUGAUGCUGUAUGCCACGCAAGCUGAACAGGACGCUGCACGAGAGGAAUGGUUCGCGACACUGGACGACAGGCGGAGAGAACGAGAACAAAAAGAGGCAAAGCGGAAAGAAGACGAGAAGUUUUGGAAAGAGUGGUGGGAUAAAGAUUCAAAGGGUCUGCCGUCUACGGAAGGGAGAGAUAAAAAGGGAAGACAUGUCGAGCCAGAUGCGAAGCGGUGA